AUGCUCCCCACCGAGGUGAUCGAGCGCAUCCUUAUGUUGUGCGGAGAUCCACGGAACGUCGCCGCGUUCGCGCGUACAAGCAGACUCGCACACAGGCUCGUGUACGAAGCGGACGACCAGUAUCUCUGGCGCGAGCUCUACUUCGGACGACCAUUCGACGACCUUCGCCGCGCCGCGCCAGUACCCAAGGAACGGCGUGCUCUCCUGCCACCAGACGCGGAGCCCGCCUGUCUCCGCCUCCUCUGGCCUUACCUCCGCGCCCCGCACAUCCCGUGGAAGACGGAGCUGCAGCGGCGCACGCAGGCGGAGCUCAUCGCGGCGUCCGGCACAACGGAUGCCGCGGUGCUCCAGCUCGUGUACGAGGCCUUCGUCGCUGCCAUCGAGACCGCGAGCCCCGCGACCGCGCCAACUGAGAACCUUCCCAGUACCGCCCCGCGGCAGGGCCAGCACCCUCCAGGGCUCGCCGCGGGCGAUCGGCUCCCACGGUCCGAGAACCUCCGCUGGCUGGACCGCAUCGUCCGCAAGACGCGCAUCCUCGACGUCGCGCCGAUCUGGACCGUGCUCGAGCCCGAGCCCGAGACCCCGCCGCCAGAGGACCCGCUCCCGCGCUCGUGCCACCCGCUGCUGGACGAGGACGAGGACGCGGACGACCCGGGCUCGUUCCCCGAGCACGAGGAGGACGACGCCCGGGGCAAGCGCCCGGUGCGCAUGCGCGAGCGCGUCGUCGACGGCACCGACCUGCGCUUCGUGCCCGAGCGCGAGCAGCGCGCGUUCCAGCUGCGGUGCCGGCUGCGCGCCGCGCUCGCGCUCUCGCACGAGUCCUCGUUCGACGCGGACGCGCGCGCGCGCAUGGCCGCGCUCCGGCGCGUCUCCCGCGCGUUCGUGUACGACAUGCGCCGCUACCAGCCGCGCACGCUCUGGGGGCCGUACCGCGUCUGGGACGCGGACGGGCGCACGGUGCUCGCCGACUGGGAGCACGUCGAGCACAUCGUCAAUGUCGUCGGCCUCAAGCUGCGCGAGAUCCAGCUCGCGAGCCUCGGCUUCUACAAGCGCCCGCUCUUCAGCGUCGAGGCCCUCCGCGCGUACUCGGCCGUCAGCGCGCACUCGUGCCCGGAGGGAGACUGGGCGGGCGUGACGGGCAAGUGGCGGCGGUUCGUGUGCUUCAUGGACUACCGGCAACUUGCCCACCAGUACAGCCUGCUUCCGCCAGGCCCGCACGACCCCUCCUUCUUCGACGAGCCGUUCGACGAGGCGCUCCGGCCGGUCGAGCUCAACCUCGCGCUCAUCUCCAAGGACGAGUACUUCAGCAAGACGCGCGAGGUCCCCGUCGACCCCUCGCGUGCGGGGCCGGAGCACCCCACGGGGCCGAUCGCGGACGCGGAGGACCCGGCGUUCCCGACGCUCUAUUUCGCCGGGCAGUCGCACGGGGUGGCGAGCGUGCGCGGCAAGGUCAGCACGCUCGCCGACGGGGCGAUCAGGUGGCAGUUUGUGACGUCUUACGACGGGAGGAUGCAGUGGAGCGCUGAGGGCAUUCAGCUUGGCAACGUCUGCAGCGCAGCCGGGGUGGCUGGGAUCUGGACGGGAGCAUUCCACGACCGAGAGGAUCCAGCCGGUCCCUUCUGGAUGUCGAAGGUCGGCGACGACCUUCCUACCGGUAUUCUCAACUCCUUGCACUAG